UGUCAUGAUGUUUAUAUGGGCCAGAGGAAAUGGCUCAGUUUGCAUUUUGUUGCACUUACCUUACCGUUCCUUACACUCCUCACUCAUUCUCCUUUUUACUUGGCAGUCAAACGCAACGCGUGCAUUAUCCCUACCAACAUUAUUAUCAGCAACAACAGCAACAACAACCCCAUUACCAUUACCAUCAUGGACGUCCGCUGAUUGCCGCCGGCAGCAGUUACAACAGUGCUUAUGCCAGUCCCCAUUCGGGUUAUGGCAUAGAGCCUUCCGUGGAAUAUGAGAUACAGGAUACACCACCAUCGGGUAGCUACUCAUCAUAUCAUCCAUCCGCGGGCAGUGCACCCGCAUAUCCGCCGCCACACCAUCAUCAUCAUCAUCAACCACCGUCGCCGCCCCAUAAACCCAAGUCGUCAUCUUCAAGUUCGGGUAAAAGCAAGACAAAAAAGGGCUCUGGCUCUGUGAUGUCCGCUCUGACGCUCCUCUCGUUCUUCUUCUUUGUGAAUAUGCUGCAAAACUGCAUUAAGGAUCAUAUGGCUGAUAUGAAUCCCACCGUUAUGGUGCUCACGGCAAGCGGUAGUCGCAAUCGCUUCAAUAAAUUAGCUGAAAUGAACUCACGCGAACAAACCUCAUCGCCAGCAUCUACCACAGCAUCGGCAGCUCAGUCUGAGGCGGCGGCAUCCUCUUGGCAGCAUCACCAGCAGUCAGCGGUCAGUUCGGGCCCCGUCAUUGUUACGCCAACUGUGGUGCUCCAAUCGCCAUACAGUAGCGGUCUGGUGACUAAUAAGCCCGCCGUCCACCACCACCAUAAGCCACCGUUACCAGCUCAAUCCUAUGGCCCUCAUACUCAGCAUUAUCAGCAAUACAAUGACGAUGAUUAUAAUUACGGCCAUCGUACUCCCGCCCCUCAAACUGCCCCAUAUUCGUACUCAGCUGAUUUCUAUCCUAAUCGCACACACAUUGACCAAUACCAGUCUCCGAGACCAACCAGCCACUCCAACUCCAACUCAAAUUCUGAUUACUAUCAGCAUCACUACUACCCGGACAGGCAUCAUUACACGGACGCUGGCUACGACUCCGGUGGUUUUGAUUCUGAUUCUGACUCUGACUCGGGUUCUAUUUCCAGUUACGGCCAUCGGCAUCAUCCUUGGUCUUAUGGCGCCAACUCGCAUGCAGGCAACCAGCAACGUUACUCAUCCGCACCAUGGUCUUCAGCUUCGUUGGGCGCUCAGUCGGGCGUGAGCUCUUACUUGGAUAAUGUGCGGAGCAGGCGGCAAGGUGAUGAUGAUGAUGAUGAUUUCGAUGUCGAUGUCGAUGUGAAUGCCGAUGACGAUGACCAGCGUCGGCGACGAGCCGAUGCUUUCUACACACGCACACACACCCACACACGCACUAAUUGAAUACAGAAAGCGCAGCGCACAAUUGUAUGCUAUAGAAUUUUAUAGUCAAUGCUCGAAGUUAACCCAUUGAAUGUUGAUGCCCCACCCCACCAAAAAAAAA